AUGGACGGAGACGGCUUCGACGCUUGGGGCUCGCAGCCGUCGGCAAGCGGCCCUGGCCACGCUCCCGCUGGCCUCGCGGAUCUCGACCUCAACUCGCAAGCGCCGGCGGCGGAGGGCAACGUCGACGAGCUCCUCCCUGGCCACAUCAGGGGCUUCGGCCUCCCUCCCUAUCGCCCACCGCGAGCCGAAGCAGGAGACGCGUGGGCGACUCCGGCCUCACCCUACGCCCGGCAACUCCACUUUGGCGGGUCGUCGGCAGCGACAGCCGGUCGCGGAGGAGGAAACGGUGGCGUAUUCCCCGGCGGGUCGUCGUCUGGGGCAGGCGACGUUCAUCAGCGCACGAAAUCGUCCGGCGCAGUACCCGGCCGGCAGCGCACCAACACGGCGUUACGUGGCGGCGGCGGCCAGCGCACGAACACGGCGAUCCGUGGCAGCAGCGGCCAGCGUGUACCGCGUCCCCGAGCACCGAGGGCACCGAGGAGUGCCGUUCGUGGGCAAGCAUCCGACUCCGGCGCUCCCUUCGACAUCGAUGAAGAAUUGGACGAUGAUGUGGAGGAGUUAGCGAGCUCCGGCGGUCCCCCAGUGAGCCAUGCCAAUCGAGCCCAAUGGAAUGAUGCAAAUAAUGCUUGCUUGUUAGAAUUGUGCAUAGAGCAACGUAGAGCAGGAACAUAUAAUGGUGCACAAAUGAGUGGUGAAGGGUACGAAGCCGUUGUCGAUGGCUUACUUGCUCGAAGGGGGUUGCUGUAUACCCGUCUACAGAAAAAACAAUACCUAAAGAGGCUGCAGUGGGGUCCUCCAGGAAAUGAGGAGUUGCUUGAUGAACUAUUCAGAGGGUUCACUGUCGAUGGAAGCACAGCCUUUGUGCCUAGAGAUGAUUAUGGUCAGAAUCAGGAGCAAGAUGUAGGGGCAGAAGAGGAAGAGGAGGAGUUUCAAACAACACCUACAAGUAGAAGCAGCCAGAGGAGUCAGAGGGGAAAGAGGUCAUUAAGCAGCAAUUCAAGCACUUUGACCAGUCCAGUGAAGAAGAGCAAGAGCCCAAUGGUGAAGAUUGUGAAGGAUAUAGCCAGUACCUUCAAAGACUCUGUCAAAGUCAACACUACUCAAAUACAGAAACGUGCAAGUGACAAGGCAGCAUGUUCUGUCGAGAGGUGUCAGGAGCUGGCAUUUGAGUGUGGCGUUGAGGAAACCGUUGACUCUGUCUAUGCUAUGUCCAAGAUGUUCGAAGCAGAGUACCAAAGGCAGUUCUUCUGUGGCAAAUUAACUCCUCAGCUUAGGUUGGGUUACUUCAAGAAAUGGUGCAGGGACAACAAUCUGAGCUUAGGAGGUGUUGAGUAG